AUGACAAGGCAGGAACCUGACAAUAUUGCCAGCCUGGCUACGAAGGCCAUGGCAUCCAUUGACGCAUACCAAGCAGACAAGUCUGAGCAGGCCCGACAGGAAGCCCUUGCAAAUGCUGUCAGAUUAGUGAGAGCUCUCGAUACCCCUGCAGAUACGAUUUACAAGCUAUUCGCCUCGCCUGCUGUUCUCAUGGCCGUUAAGACCGCCAGUGACCUGAGUAUCUUCACUCUUUUGUCUGAAGAGACAUCUCCCGUCUCCUGGAGAGAGCUAGCCGCACCGAAAAACGCGGACAUUCAACUUGUUGAACGUCUUAUGCGUGUUCUUGUUUGCAACGGUUUCGCGAGUGAACUAGACCCUGGCCAAUAUGCGCCUACCGAACUGUCAAGGAAGAUGACAGAGAGGAAAACGAUCGGAACAAUGGAUUCACUAUUCAUGGACUUCUUACCUAUAAUCCAGAAAACGCCAGAAUUUUUCCAAAAGUCUGGCUACCAGAAUCCUGGGGACCCCAAUAAUGGGCCACUUCAACAUGCCCAUAACACCACUGGUACAUGCUGGGACUGGUUAGCCACAAACCCAGAUGCACUAGGCCGUUUUAACACUUUCAUGGAGGACGGCCGAGAUGAUACAUCUCACUGGGCUGACUGGUUCCCCGUUCAAGAGCGGUUACUGAACGGAUCGUCGGCCGAUCGUCCGCUGCUUGUUGAUAUUGGCGGAGGUCGUGGUCAUGACAUCGAGGGAUUCAAUAAACGAUUCCCGGUUGGGGCCGGGAAGCUCGUACUUGAAGACUUGCCUUCAGUAAUUGAGGACAUCCAAAAAUUGGACAGCAACAUCCAGAGAGUCAAACAUAGCUUUUUCGAGCCUCAGCCAGUCAAAGGUGCUCGCGCAUACUAUUUCAAGCACAUCAUGCAUGAUUGGUCUGAUGAUAAAUGCAGGACAAUUUUAAAGCACACUGUCGCUGCCAUGGAGAGGGGAUUUUCAAAGAUCUUGAUUGAGGAUUACAUUAUUCCUGACCAAAAUGCCUGGCCAAAGGAAGCGUUGACUGAUAUGAUUGUCAUGGUAUGGUGUCCAGGGAUUGAACGGACUCGUCCGAGAUGGACAGAGCUUUUGGAGUCAGUCGGACUGACAAUCACGAAGUUCUGGCUACCUAGCGGGUACCAUAAAGGCAUCAUUGAAGCCGAACUGCAGUAG